AUGGAUAUCAAAGUCAAAGUCUGUAUACUGAAUGUUGAUGGCUCUAGGAAAGUUGCUUCUGGCCAUAUUGGUGCUGGAGGUGUGUUGCGUGAUGUUUCUGGUGAUUGGUGUAGUGGGUUUGCUAUUAAUUUGGGUAAAGGGCAGAUUCUAGAGGCUGAAUUAUGGGGUCUGUUCUUUGGUCUGAGGAUGGCUAUUGCGAAAGGGUUUAAUAACCUUAUCGUUGAGAUGGAUUCGGCUGUUGCUAUCCAGCUUGUUCAGCAGCAUGAUUCUCUUACUUUGCACCCUCUUGCAUCUCUGGUCUCUAGCUGUUGGCAGUUAAUGCAGCAGCUUGAGAAGUGCAGCAUGCGUCAUAUUUUUAGGGAGAAAAACAGUGUUGCAGAUCGUCUGGCUGCUUGGAGUUAUAACUCAGAUCUUGGUAUCUGCGUUUUUGAUGAGGCUCCAAGUUGGAUUGGGACUUCUUUGGUGGAGGAUUUGUUAGGGGUGUCUAGGCCCCGGUUGAUUUGUGUUGGUUAG